UUUUUAAACAAAUAAGGCUUUUAAGCUUUUACCGAACAAAUUUUGAUGCGCUGUUUUCUCAGCUUUUAAACCAGCUUUUCUAACAUCAACAAAACCAAAUCAGCCCUGCAUAACUAAAGAAACUUUUGUCUCCCUAAAUUUGGGAUCGCAAAUCCAAAUCACCCAACAGGAAGCGGAUUUCACCGGCGGUGAUCUAGUUGCCUAAUGUCGGCCGCCGGCGUGGAAAACAAUCUCCUUGGCGGUGGUCAUGAGGAGAGGAUUACACUACUGCUCCUCUUCUCCUGCAUGGUCGCCGCCUCCGGUGGACUCUUGUUCGGCUACGAACACGGCAUCUCCGGAGGAGUUACAUCCAUGGAGUCGUUUCUCAAGAAAUUUUUCCCCGGGGUCUACGCCGAGAUGAAACAAGACAGCACAACCAGCAACUACUGCAAGUUCAACAGCCAGAUUCUCACCCUCUUCACCUCCUCCCUCUACAUUUCCGGAUUCUUCGCAUCCCUCGUAGCUUCCCACGCCACCACGAGAUUCGGCCGCCUCUUUUCCAUGCGCGUUGGAGGCGCCUUCGUCUUCACCGGAGCCGCCAUCGGCGGCGCGGCAAUCAACGUCUACAUGCUCAUUCUCAGCCGUAUCCUCCUGGGUUUUGGCGUUGGUUUCACCAUUCAGUCCGUCUCCGUCUACCUAUCGGAAACGGCACCAGCAAGGUACAGAGGGGCAAUUUUCAACAUCUACGACAUAUGCCUCACCACCGCAGUACUGAUAGCGAAUAUUGUCAAUUACGGCAGCCAAAAAAUCGAAGCUGGCUGGGGCUGGAGAAUCUCCCUCGGUGCUGCCGCUCUUCCUGCCGCCUUCCUCUCCGUCGGUGCGUUCUUUAUCCCCGAGACCCCCACCAGCAUAAUCCAACGCGGCGGGGAUAUCAAUGAAGCCUCUAAAGUACUCCAAAGACUCCGAGGCACCUCCAACGUCGGCAAAGAGCUGGAACAACUCAUCGCCGCGGCCGCCGAAGCUCCCACAUCAACGACAACAGGCCUUCGCCCUCUGCUCAGAAUCUUUCGACGAAAUUACCGUCCCCAACUUGUAAUUGGCAUAUCCCUCCCCAUCUUCCAACAACUAGCCGGCAUCAACUUGAUUGGAGUCUACGCUCCGGUGAUGUUCCGCACCAUCGGACUCAAGGAAAGCGCCUCCCUGCUUUCGGCGCUUGUAACGAGACUAACAGCCACGGCUUCCAAUCUCGUAGCAACGCCGCUCAUCGACAGGCUUGGACGCCGCAAUUUUUUCUUCAUCGGCGGGCUCGAAUUGUUUGUAUCGCUGGUGACGGCGGGCAGCAUAAUGGCAACCCAUCUCGGAGACCACGGCACGAUGCAGAGCCAGUACGCACAAAUUCUGCUGUUUGUUUUCUGUGUUUUUAUUUCAGGGUUUUCGUGGUCAUGGGGGCCAUUGCCAAUACUGGUACCAAGCGAGAUCUUUCCCCUUGAGGUCAGAUCAGCGGGGCGGAGCAUUGGCGUGGCUUUAGGUCUUCUAUUCACGGCGGCGAUGUCGCAGAUGAUGCUCUUCCUGCUCUGUUACCUAAAAUGGGGGAUUUUUUUCUUCUUCGGUGGGUGGAUGUUUCUUAUAACAAUGUUUGUCUUUUUCUUCUUGCCGGAAACCAAAGGUUUGAAGCUGGAGGAGAUGGAUCAACUUUGGAAACAACAUUGGUAUUGGAAGAAAUUUGUGAACGACGAACCAGAAAACGAAAGGCUGCUGAGUGGUGCUGCUUCAUUCGAGCCUAUCAAGUAAAUUAAGUGUGUAAUAUACUGAUGAAACUAUUUGUUGCAAAAAUUACUGUGCUUAAUUAUAAUAAACUAUUGAGAUGGAUGCCUUCAUCAA